AAAUAUUUAAGAUACAAUAAAUCAAAUAUAUAAAUAACAUAAAAGUGAACUCCUAAUUGGGGUUUACUUUUAUAAGUUAUUUAUAUAUUUGUUUGUUUUGGGAGAAGAAUAAAGAAAGAAGAAAACAAUAGUAAUAUGGGGAUGUCUAAAAGUGUCAAGUUCAUUCUAUCUCUUGUUCUCGUCGUGUUCUUGGCUCUUGCAGCCACCAAGACUGAAGCAAGCAAAUUCAUAGACUACGGCGAUCUUAAGCGUGGAGAUCAUUCUAGAAAUUGUGACAGAGCUCGUCCUGAAUCUUGCCAGAAGGAACAAGUUAAUCCUUACAGGAGAGGAUGCGAAAAGAGCCAACGUUGCCGUAGCGACUAAGCUCUCAAAGUCACAAUGAUGUGAAUGAACCAACAACACAAAGAGCAUAAAAUGCAACAUGCAUCAAAUUAGUUAUCUAAUAUACAUUCACAUGACACUCACAGACGACAUCCUCAUAUUCUUUUGUUUACUUUGUCCUCUAUGUUUUGUUUUUGGUUCUGUCAUUAAUAAUUGUAACCCUAUGGUGUUAUGAUUCAUCAUUUCUAUCAAAUAUAUCCAACAAAUUUUUAUA